GAUAAAACCCUCUGAAAAAUCUGAACCAUUCAAUCAAUAUCUUCGAUAACCUCAGGGUUUAUAGAAUUUCCCUUGAACUCCUUCCUUUCGUUAACGAUGGAACUAUUCCGAAUGUCAUCGUUUCAUCUGGGUUUUAAUUAAUUCAAUCUGAUUCUGACAUUUUUUUCAAUAAUUUCAUUCAUUACUUGAAGAAAUCGGAAAGCAACAGCGAUGACUAUCCAAAUGUCUGCAAGUAUACCUACUCAAUCCCAAAACUUGUCAUCAAUUAGAACGUUAACAUGUCUAAAUCAGAUGAAUUUCCUUACAAAUUUUUCACAACUUUCAUUAAACAAAAUCGCCACAAAUCCACUAAGAACAUCAAUUAUUCGUAUGGGAGGAGGUCCAAGAACAUUUCCAGGCGGAGUAUCAAAAUGGCAAUGGAAAAGAAUGCAACAAAAGAAAGCAAAACAAUUACUUAAAGCUAGACUAUGUAGAGAAAAACAAAUUUACGAAAUGCGGAAAAGGGCAGAACUUAGAGCUGCAGUGUCUGAAUUAGAAAAGCCAUGGGAAAUUGUUGAAAAGGCACCAGCAUUAUUUUCAGUUAGAGCUGAUGAACAAUUGAAAGUUUUAGCUGAUAGGUUUCAAAGACCUGGUGGAUAUGAUUUAUGGUCUGAUAACGAUGGGCCUCAAUUGUUUCAGCAUGGCGGUGAUGAUUUUCCUUCUGCGAGGUUUUUUCCUAAAGGAGUUGUUCAUAGUAUUAAACCUUAUGAAAGUAUUAGAAGUGAAGAAAAUUCUGAUGGUUUUAAGGGUUUUAAGGAAUUCACUUUGCCUAACGGGAAAAGAGGUAAAGGGUCUAGGAGAUUUCGUUCUAGAGGUAGAAGCGAGUCGGAGAGUGAAGGGGGAGAAGAUGGUGAACUGGAAUUAAGUAUCAGCAGCGAUAGUAACGCAGGGAAGAGGCCUAGUUCAGAGAAUUCUGGUUUAAUGGGUAGGCGGGAAGAGGGUAGUAGUAUUGGUGGGAGGGGGAUGUCCAGGGAGUUUAAUUUGGGUAGAGCGAAAGAGGGUUCUUCCCGAGGAAGCUCGAGGAGAAAAGGGAGUAGAGGAAAUCUUGGUUCACAGGUUCCAUACGGGUUGAAAUCAGAUAAUGAAGAGAAAAAUGAGUUUCCUUUCAUGGGCAGAGGAAGAGGCAGGGGCCGAGGUCGAGGUCCAGGAAGAGGUGGCAGUGAUAAUGAGCGUCCAUAUGAUACAAGGAAAGGUUUAUCGAAACCCAGUGAUCUUAGUGGAGAAAUUUAUGACAUGAGUUUGAAACAGGAUUGAAGGUACGAAUUGUAGUAAUAUGGUAGGGGACAAAUGGUAGAGUUACAUUUGGAGUUGACUCAUGCAAUCAUGCUAGAUGGACACAGUUAUAAAGCAAUACAUCUAUAAUACUAUGUUAGGAUUGUAGAUAUACGGGCGAUGGAAGAUACAGGUUCAGAGGGGAGUUUCAUGGGCUGAUUCUGAAGUGCCAAUUAGGUAACGGGUCUCGAACUUUAACAUUGGUUAGUAACUAUAUAUAGCUUUUAAUGGUUCUAUAUGUUUGGCUUUUCAACACAUGUUUACAUGAUUGUGAAGUGCGUACUGUUUAUUUAGGGAAUCCCUUUGUGGACAACUUGUAAUACUCUUUGUAUAGCUGAGUUUGGUUCAGCUAAACUUGUUACGACGCUCAGUAAACCUUAUUGCUGCUGACCAAACAAGGGCCAUGUAAAUGGGUUUUAUGCUUAUUUACAAGGAGACCGGGAAUCUUUUACUGAA